CCAAUUUACGUCACGCGUUGUGUUCAUACGCAUUAAUCUACGCUGUACGGACCAUACAAUUUUGUGUAUUCCUGAAUUCUUUUUUAUUAUCUGUUUAUUUUUAUAUAUUUUUUCUUUUCUUUUUAUUUUUAUUUUAGACGUUAUACAUGCGUGUGUUGUAUAUAAAUUCACUUGUAUGAAGAGGUUGGAAUAGUGUUUGAUAUCUAUAAACACUGCUUGUAAUAGUCAAAUAAUGGACAGACCAUUAAACAUGCUGUAACAAUCAAUUUAUCUCCAAGUGGUGAUAUGACCUUGACACCGUAUCAGGUCUCACCUUGUUAUAUAAAAUCUACUGGAUCGUCUCGAUGGCAUCUUCUUAAAUUAGGUACAGCUGUUCCUAUUAAGCCAGGAGAUAUUUGUUCCUUGUUAUCAGAUAAAUGUUGGUUUAAAAUUAUAACAAUGUCUGAAACGGUGGAAAAACAUAAUCAUCUACUAAAAAGAAAGUGUACAGACGACAUACCAUUCGAACCAAUGGAUAAAAAGAUAUGUUUCGACACAUCUCCAAAGUCUAUAGCUUCGCAUGGCGAUGGUUGUAACGAAUCUCAAGAUAAUAAAGAUUCUAAACCUAUAGCAGUAGAGAUGCCUAUCUUAAGCAAAGAGAGCAGUAUCAUUGUGUCUACAUUUUCCAAGGAUAUGGAUGCUAGUUCGCCAGAGAAUAAUCAAACUAUUCUCGAUUCAAUAUCGAUGGCAGAGAAUCCAGAUUUACCUAAAGAAUCUACACUUGUUAAAGAAAAUUCAAAUAUUCAGGAAGAGGAGUCAAAGAAAGUUGAAGCAAAUGUUAAACAGGAUCAUGUUAUGCAUUCUAGUGAUUGCGGUGACUCACAUACUUUAAUACAACAGGAUGUGCAUUCUUCACCAACAUUCGAACAAAACAAAGCAAGUGUAUCAGGUGCUGAGCAAGUAGAAACAAAAAGAAAUAAAUGUAUUUAUAAGGAUAAAUGUUAUAGAAAGAAUCCACAUCACAAAGUUCAGUUCAGUCAUCCAGGUGAUCCCGAUUUCGAAGAAGUCGAUGAACGGCCCGAGUGUCCUUAUGGUAUACAUUGCUAUCGCAAAAAUCUACGACACAAAGCUCAAUUUAAGCAUUCCACUAUGCGAAAACGUCGAGCGCCAACCCCUGUACGAUCACCAAGAUGUGACAAUGAAUCUGUGAUAGAAGUAUCUUCAGGAGAUGAAUCUGUUGAUGAAUCUGAAUAUGAACCAUCUGAGUACACUUCAGAAACCAACAGUGAUGUAGAAGAUGUAGAAAGUAUAGAAAGUGAUUGGAAUGAAAGUGAUAUUGAAGAUUCUAAAUCUUGAACUGAUUAAGAUAAUAAAGGAAAUGGUGAAACGUUGACUACA